CUGCACAAUUUAUUCCAAGCAUCAUCUCUGCUUCAGCAGACGUACUUUGUGAUAGCAAAAGUUAUUUAGCGAGUUUUAGUGAACAGUGCAAUGACGAGAAUUCUGAUCCUGGCUGUCCUUCUGACCUCUGUCCUCAUGUGUGUCAAUGCUCAACUGACUUUCACUCCCGGAUGGGGAAAGCGAAGUGAUCCCUCGGUCCAUAGCUCUCCAGGAGCCAUGGCCAGCGAGAGUCGUCUUCCUGUGGACAAUAUGGAUUCUCUGGUGCUCCUGAUAUACCGCAUGAUCCAGAAUGAGGCUCAAAAACUUGUGGAUUGCAAUCAGAAAUGAAGACAAAUGAUGAGGAGUGUGUCGGAAAAUGGGUGAUUGAGAUCCUGGCAAGACUUCCCAGAUGCUCCUGCUACCUCCAUGGACAGAAUGAAGCCCACAAACAGUUUAUGUAUAGAUUGUCACUAAUAUAUAUUGAAUUAUUUGGA